AACACAAAAAUGCACCAUCCCCAUAUGUUGAUGGGCUUUUGUUUGAUAUUUGAUGGUGGAGUAGCAGCCCAAUCCAGCAUACGUCGCCCGCCGACCCUAUUCGUUCACAAUCACAACAACAAGAGCAUAGAGAAUCCGUCGUUGUAGCAUUUCAUCGAACACAUUGUCCUCAAGCGCCCACGACUAUCGUAUCAGACAGAGAAGUGAAAAAUAGCAGUAUCUGGUCUCGUGAGUCUUCCUUUACACUUUUUUACUUUUCCUAUUUCUGUCAAUGAACUUCGUCGCUAAGCGUCUCGGUCCAGUUAAUCUGUCCGUUAAGUCUACUUCAAAUCCUGCUUUUUUCUAUUCACACAUUGCAAAAAUUGAAAUUCUUUGUUAUGGGUUUCAGUUUUUGACUCCUGGGCACAGCCCCCUUAAAAUCAAGGUAAGGAAGCCUUCAAUGGAGGCCACUCAAAUUGAGAAAGAUGCACUCGAGAAAGUCCCAAAUUCAGAAGUAGCUACUUCAGAGAUACUUCAGCAACCUUUGUCCAAGAACGCCCAAAAGAAGCUGCUAAAGCAGCAGAAGUAUGAGGCAAAGAAAGCAGAGAAGAAAGCACAAGCAAAGGAGCAAAAGAAGAAGGAUGGAGAAAGGAAGCGAAAGGAGUGGGAAGAAAUGCUGGCCAGCCUCCCUGAGGAAGAGCGCUCAAAGCUUAUUGAGUCCCGUAAAAGCAUGAGAAAAGAAAGAAUGGAUAAGAGGUCAGAAGAGAGGGAGAGUAAAAUCGAGAGACUCACUAAAGCUAAACUAUGUGGCCAGAACAUUAUCAUAGACAUGGAGUUCUCUCACCUCAUGACGCCUUCUGAGAUCAACAGCUUAGUUCAGCAGAUUAUGUAUUCCUAUGCAGUUAAUGGAAGAUGUACCAACCCCGGCCAUCUUUGGUUGACUGGAUGCGCUGGAGAGGUUGGUACUCAAUUGCAAAGGCUCCCAGGAUUUGAUAAGUGGAUAAUCGAAAAGGACAACCGACCAUAUAUUGAAGCUUUGCAAGACCAAAAGGAACAUUUGGUGUAUCUCACAGCUGAUUCGGAAACUGUGCUUGAUGAACUUGAUCCAAAGAAAAUGUAUAUAGUUGGUGGAUUAGUGGAUCGAAAUCGGUGGAAAGGGAUAACAAUGGAGAAAGCACAAGAGCAGGGCAUCCAAACUGCAAAGCUCCCAAUAGGGAAUUACUUGAAGAUGGCUAGUUCCCAGGUCCUCACAGUGAAUCAAGUGAUAGAGAUACUCAUCAAGUUCUUGGAGACCAAGGAUUGGAAGGAUUCUUUCUUCCAAGUGAUUCCUCAGAGGAAAAUAUGUGAAGCUGACAAAGAAGAGGAACAACAUCAUGAACUAGUAAAGUUAGAAAGCGAUCAGUGUAUUGAAAAAGAAGAGGAACAACAUCAUGAACUAGUAAACUUAGAAAGCCUUGAUCAAGUUGAUGCCAAAAGGCAGUGUGUUGAAAAAGAAGAGGAACAACAUCAUGAACUAGUAAACUUAGAAAACCAUGAUCAAGUUGAUUCGAAAAGGCAAUGUAUUGAGAAAGUUCCUUAAUAUUGUUUUGUUUAUCAGAGGGAUCUUCAAUUAAAGGAUUUUGUCUUGAUUUUAGAUUUUAGAUGACAACCCUUUCAUAUGUGAGUGCUCAAAUUUAUCUUUCUUGAAUUACUUCUACAGUUUUUUCAUUGAAUGGAACUGUUGAGAGAAA